AUGAGUGAUUCAGUGAUGGACAGCAUGUGUGCGACACCCGACACCCCCUACACCCCCACCACUCCGGGGACGCCCUCUCGUCGUCUUCGUGGCCAACACAGGGAACGAAUGAAACUCUUCUCUCAGAUCUCACUGUUGGCCACAACUGUGGACAACAAAGUGGAGACAAUCCUCCAGAUCGACGACUGCCCACAAGUGGACGACUCGUCACUCAUUCUGCUGUCUCUGCCGAACGGGUGGAGCGUCCAGACGGUCGCCCCCAUCGACCACUCCUUCCACUCCUUCUGCAUCACCUCACAGACCGGUCAACGCAUAUAUGGCGGCAGUUAUGUCUUCAGUCACUCCAAUGUGGUCCACACCGACCCCCACACCGACCCCCACACCGACACCACUCUGCCGGCGGGUGUCGUCUAUACGACUCGAGCUCUGGUGGCGCUCACAGUGCGGCCACUCGUCGAUCAGUUGCGGCGUUGUCUGCAAUGGUGUGUCUGUAGGGCUGACUGUAAUCCCCGUUGGAUUCGUUGUGUAUCACAGAUCCGAUUACCACCGAAAGGCAAAUGCAUUCAAAUUGUUUUGCCAAAUAUCACCAAAAACUUAAGUCAUAAGAGAUCUCAACACAACCCUAACAUUGACAGUAAAGGUGAAAGUGAGGACACGGGUGACAAUGGUGUGGUCAACGAUAAUAGUGUUGUCACAAUCCUCAGACCCCUGUCCACUCUACCGCUGUUUGACUACCCGUUUCGUCUACUGUUCAGCGAAGUCUUGAGUGUCGAUCACUUCCUGCUGUGCUAUUGCUGUGCACUCAUUGAGACACAGAUACUGGUGAUGAGUAGUGACUACUAUAAGUUGAUGUUAGUGGCCGAGUGUCUGUCCACUCUACUCAACCCUUUCAAGUGGCAACACGUUUACGUUCCCAUUCUUCCCACCAAAUUAGGGGUUCACUACUUGGACGCACCGACGCCUUACAUAAUGGGAGUUAAUAAGAGCUCAAACAUCCCACCGGCCGACCAAUUAAUGGUGGGAUGUCUUAUAGACUGUGACGAGCACUCAGUCGAACUCAAUUUGGAUGCAUCUGUAGUGAUGCCACCCUUUAUGGACAGUCUUAGGAUGGAAUUGGAGACCAUAUUGAAUGCCGACCUGAGACUCAGUUGUGUGGCGCCGGGUGUGGGCACACAUACCAAGAGUGCGGCCCUCCAGAGGUUGACUGAAUUGGCCAAAAAGCAUAACGUUAUUAGCGAUGACUUCACUUAUUUGGAUGACUUGAAGCUCAACCAACAGAUCCGCGUCCUAUUUCUCAAGACUAUUCGCAAACAUAUUCUCCACAAAUAUCAACAGUUUAUUAUUUACAACAGAAAGGACUCAAUACUAUUCGAUACGGUGUCCUACCUGUCCGAUAGGCCGCAGUCAAUGCAGGCUUUCCUCCAGCAAUUUGUUUCCACACAAAUGUUCGUCACAUUCAUCGACGAAAUGGGCAAACAGUUGAUCCGCAAACACAAGACAAUUGCCAGCAAUACGUGUGGCGAACAAUCCCUCUAUGAGUCCAUAUAUGAUGACGACUUCGAGGACUUGGAUCUCUCCCUAUUCACGGACCAAAUACUUGAGUCGCGUUUCCAAAGUGCCAAACAAAUAGCUCUCCAGGAAUUGGAGGAAUUACCUACUCUUGACUCCAACACCUCUAUAGUGUUGACAACAGACGCCUCACAUCUGUCCACUACAGCCAUCGCUUCGCCGCGCACUCGGAGACGAUUCCAGACGUUAUCCCAAAAGAGUACAAAUCUAGUGAAUAGUAGUUCGCUUCCAAUGGCGUCUCCUUCGAAGACAAUGCCGGCGGCACUGACGGCACAGACUAAUUGGCGAGUCGUCGAGACUCUUAUGAAAGAAGUGAAGAUGAAAACGAAGCGAAUAUUGCUCGAGAAGAUGGGCAACGAUGAGGUGCGCCCUCUGGGCUGCGGCGCUGUGGGCGGUGUCGAGGAGAACACCCUAAUCGCGGCCCUCUGCGACCUCAUUGAGCGCAUUUGGUCGCACGCCACGAGUGAAGACAAUAAAGAGGUGACCAAAUGGCAGUCCGGCCGCUGCUCCUUCUGGUCACACCUCAUGGCUUACUAUCAGUUGGAAACCAACGAUGCCAUCGAUGGCAACACACAUAAAAAUAUCGAGUCUUCGCAACUGACGCCUGCUUUAUCUCAGAUCUCAAUCGACUCAUCGCCACAAUCAACGCCUUCCUCUCCAUCGAAGUCACAAAAGAUGCGCCAAAUUAAUAGUAACAGUCCUCUCAAGUCAUUGCCCACAACACUCCUAUACGAUGUUAGGUUUCAAUGCAAUCGUUGGUUCGGACGUAAUAUAGAGGAAGGGUCCACAGAACGGGUGCUCAUCGGAGAGUUGUUAACCGGUUCGGUGUCUGAAAUAUUGAAAAAGUCGGGUCACCCCACCCGCAGCUCAUCUAUUGGUCGCAAUUGGACUCGAAGUAUCACUAAUGAUCAGUACGACAACAAAGAGACCACUUUUUGUGCCCAAGAAUUACAGACAUUAUUAGGAGAAAAUGUGAACCAAAUCAUGAAAUAUUAUUAUAACGCACAAAAUGCCAGCGCCGGCAGUACAGGCAGUACAGGCAACACAAGCAAUACUGGAAACGCCAUCAAUAGUCAGCAGUUAAUAGAUAUGAAUCAAACGGAUCACUCGACUCGUUCACCUCACAAGAAAAUAUUGCCAAAAAUGGUGACCAAAUCGUCAAUGAAUUCACAAACAUUAGGCAAACGAAGCCGUUCUUCAUUCAGGAAACAGUCCUAUUUGUGGGACUAUAUGUUGAGAGUGUGCUGUGAGUUAAAGAUCAGUCGCACCACUCAUAAGACGGUCGACACCAUUGAAGAGACACUUAUAGACACAAUCGACAGCAUCACUGAUAAGGCAGUCAACUAUGGAAAGGACCAGAAGUUUUCGCUUUUCUUGUUAUUAUCGAUUCGGGACCACCAGUUGAUCCCUGGGUUCCUGCAAGUGCUGUGUCGGCCAUCGCUCUCUCAUCUCUUCUAUGAGAGCCAUUCGUUCACAAGAGAUGCAACUCUCGUCACGUUUUUGCAUCAAAUACUCAACACUUUUAAUGACAUCUCACUCUCAUUCGAGUCUUCUCUCACUAAAGCAUUGUAACACAACCUCAAUAUACAUACUGUACUGUACUGUUCAAUACCGUAAUACUAUUAUCUACCUGUUUAUAUUACUGUACAGUACUUUAUAGUGAAUGCUACGAUACCUAUAUUUUACUUGUUAUUACGUUUACCAAUUUCACACAUUUUUAUUUGUUUACAAAUUUUAUU